AUGGUAAACUCUUAUGCACCUGGUGAAAACUAUUCAGCUCAAGAAGGCAGCUUUGAAGGUCCUGAAAAACUGCUCGAAAUUUGGUUUUCACCCUCCCCCGAAGGUAUCAUUGCGCAUCAAAACCUGUCUACAGUCGAAGAACCUAAAGGAUUGAGAAUUAUUCCUCGUCCUUGCUUGGACAAGAUGUUGUCAUUGGUUAAAUGCACUGUAUUAAACGUCAUUACCAACAGUGAUGUCGAUGCCUAUUUAUUAAGUGAAUCAUCUAUGUUUGUGUACCCUCACAAGGUCAUUUUGAAAACAUGUGGUACAACAACCCUUCUUUAUGCUGUCCCAAAGUUGUUGGAACUUGCCAAAGAAUACUGUGGAUUCGAAAAAGUAUGGCGUGUCUUUUAUUCACGUAAGGCAUUCAUGUUUCCUGAACGCCAAGUAGGACCCCAUCGGUCAUGGGAGGACGAGGUUGAGUUUUUGGACAAGUAUUUUGAUGGUGGAUCAAGCUAUAAGAUUGGCAGCGGACUUCAUGACCAAUGGCAUUUGUAUUUGACCAAACCCUUGGAUGACGUCUUGCAUCACCAAAACAUUCUGAACCCCUACUUCAAAGGUGUAAUGAGGGAGCAUGAAAUCCGAAGCGGAGAAAGCACACCGGCCGCUUCGGACAGUGACGAGGAAGAUCCUUCUCCUUUUGGAAACGCUGGUCAUUCGUAUCCCGAUCAAACGGUCGAGAUCCAUAUGACAGGAUUGAGCCAAGAAAAGAUGAAGCAGUACUUUUAUCAUGAUGCUAGCAAGACAGCGUCUGGGCUCGAAGGAGGUGUCUGGGUUGACCAACAGACGGGGAUUGAUCAGCUCUACCCUUCAGCCAAGAUUGACUCUUAUCUCUUUGAACCUUGCGGAUACUCUAGCAAUGGUCUAUGGCAAGAUAGAUACUUUACAUUCCACGUAACUCCUGAACCCGAAUGCUCGUAUGCAUCCUUUGAAACCAAUAUACCCGUUGAAAGAUCGCAUGGCCACGAACAUCGACCUAUUGAAGCCUUGAUCAGUCAAGUCUUGGCCAUUUUUGACCCUAGCUCAUUUACUGUGACCUAUUUUACUUCUCAUCAUGAAGAACAUCACAGCCAACGCCAUAUGGUUCAUUCGAUGGCAGCAAUCGAUGGAUAUAGGCGUACAAACCGCAUUUUGUAUGAAUUUGACGGAUAUGACUUAGUUUAUGGCCAUUAUGAAAAGUGA